AUGGAGGAUGGAGGAUGGAGGAUGGAGGAUGGAGGAUGGAUGAGGAUUCGUCCACCUGCACGGAAGAACGCCAUCAGGAAUCACUACCCUCUGACUGACCGCGAAUUAGCGAUGUACCCGCUAAUGAAACAGAGACGGGAGAAGAGAGAUGUGAGAAUGCCUUAUCGAAAGAAACCACUUCAUGGAAAUCCUAUUCGAGAAAUAGGAAAGCUGAAGAGAGCCAUGGAGACAGGAACGGGAAUUCUGCUUGGGUUUUUCGCCGCCGUAUGCAUCCUGGGAUGUCAGGCGUACCCGGCUGAUCCAGGUUAUACCUUGGGAAGAAUCUCCUAUUAUGCGCCUGCAAUCCCGAGACCGGAGAAGCGGUUUAGUUACUACGAGGACUACCUCGGCUCCUCGGAUCUCUUCCAGCAACCCGAGGAUUAUCCGUACGAAUACGACGAAGAACGAUGGCUGGAUUACCCCGUGGACAUGAACGACCUGGAACGAGUCCUCAUGGAGGAGGGCGACAAGAAAGCGGUGGAUGACGACAUCCUCCAUCGCCUCUUCGACCUGGAACAAGAAGAAAAACAAGACACGGAGGGAAAGGGAAACUCGAUCGGAGAAGAAAACGUGGAAACCCCUCAGGCUCGGCAAUUGGAGUACGAGAUCGGAUUGCUGAAGAGAUACAAGCCGGAAGAAGAGGCCGAGACGUCGACGACCACGACGACGACCACGACUACUACUACUACUACCGCAGCAACGACGGAAAAGCCCUCAGCGGAGAAGGUGUCGGCCCAAAAAGGCCAAAAGGAAGUGCCACUCUACAGACCCGGUCUUGGAGAUUUCCCCGAGCUUCUCAAGGAAACCAAUGCCGAAGCCAUCAAGAGGUUCUUGGCUGCCCGACGAGAAACAGAUGCAGAAGGUCGACUGAAGAAGCGAUUCGUGUCGUCCGAGUAUUCCUUGUCGGAGCAACUGGACAAAUUGAAAGAACAUCGAUCCUAAACAGACCUGCUGAGUUGUUUUCCACCGAUUUCUGCCCCGCACUGUGAUAUGAUUAUCCCGCAUGUUAUACAGUAUCCUCUCUAUCCACCAUAGGGGUAUAUAUUGUAUACGAGGUUUCCCAAAUUCCGUGAGAUCGGGUGUGUCCCCUCGUGCGUGACAUGAUAACUGGCGACAUUGCAAGUUUGCUUGUGGUGAAAUAAUUGUGAGUUAGAUUGAAUUUUAGCUCCUGCGAUGACGUGCGCCUGAUAAUGCUCAAGAGCAGAGCGAUCCAGCAUAAUUUUAUCUCAUCUGUUACAUGAGAAAUACGAAAGAGAGGAGAGUGAAAAUGAUCCCGUCCGAGAGAGAGCGAAUCGAAAUGCUUCUGUCCGAUGACUGGCUUGUGCCCUUCCUUUGGCAGCUUCCCUUUCGUCUUGUCUAUCGUGUAAGAUAUUACUCAUUGUCGCCAAAAUCAUGAUGAUGUCCCGGAGGAGAAAAUUUCGAGGGUUCUCGUUUCGUUCCAUCCUUGCUACCAAUGCAGAAGUCGUUCUCUUCCUAACCUCGUUUGCGUUUGUUUCAAGGGAUUUUUAUGACAAAUAAAGGUGCUUAUUUUCCUAUGAC